AUGGCUCGCACCAAGCAGACCGCCCGCAAGUCUACCGGAGGCAAGGCUCCUCGCAAGCAGCUCGCUUCCAAGGCUGCCCGCAAGAGCGCCCCUUCAACCGGUGGUGUCAAGAAGCCUCACCGCUACAAGCCCGGUACCGUCGCUCUCCGUGAAAUUCGACGAUACCAGAAGUCGACCGAGCUGCUUAUCCGCAAGCUCCCCUUCCAGCGCCUGGUUCGUGAAAUCGCUCAGGACUUCAAGAGCGAUCUCCGCUUCCAGUCCUCUGCCAUCGGCGCCCUCCAGGAGUCGGUCGAGUCCUACCUCGUGUCUCUCUUCGAGGACACCAACCUGUGCGCCAUCCACGCCAAGCGCGUCACCAUCCAGUCCAAGGACAUUCAGCUUGCUCGCCGCCUGCGUGGCGAGCGCAACUAG